CCCCGUGGCUGUAUGAAAGGCAAAAUCCCUCCAUGGGCAGUGCGCCUAGCGUCUGUCUAAACACCCUUUGCGUAAAAGAGCCACGCUUGGAGGGACCGCGCACAAAGACGGUGUCCUCUCCUCACCACGGCCUGCUGUGUGCGGACUUCUCCCGGGCUGAACGGUAGCCUAUCUCCCCGGCAGCACCGCCAACAACGUAACCACGGGGACAAAACGACAAAACGCUAGCUGAGAAGGAAGCGGGCUCUGUCGACCCAUAUCUCCAGGCAGAUGCUCCCAGCCGCCCAGCUCGACAGGAGCGAUGGGAUGUGUCAACUAGUGGAUGAGACAGCCCUGGACAAUGUAAUCGGACUGAAGGAUCCAUCUUCAGUGUUCAUACCGGAGCAAGACAGAGGAGGGACAGGGAAAUCCAACAGGGACGAAGAGCAGGAGGAGGAGGAGGAGGAGUGUAAGGGAGAAAGAAGGAUGGGUGUGGGGAAGAAUACCACAUCAAAGUCAAUGGACAGUGCCGGAGAAGGAGGCAAAUAUGAAGAGGAGAGCAAACACGGCGCAGAUUUCUACCCCAUUCCAGUGGUGGUAAAUGGAGUGGGCCAGGCCAGUGGAGACCAGGACACCGAGGACACGGAGCUGAUGGCCAUCUACGCUAAAGAUAAUCAAGGAGCAGAGAAGAGCUCCAUGUCUGAGACGUUGGACAGCACAGACAGUGUGGAUGCCCGGAGGUUGGAUAUGAUCUACACCAUUGAAGACACCCCGCCCUGGUACCUGUGCGUGUUCUUGGGCCUGCAGCACUACUUGACAUGCUUCAGUGGAACCAUUGCAGUGCCGUUCCUCCUUGCCGAGGCGAUGUGCGUCGGCUUCGAUCAGUGGGCCACCAGCCAGCUCAUAGGGACCAUCUUCUUUUGUGUCGGGAUCACCACCCUGCUCCAGACCACUCUGGGUUGCAGGUUGCCUUUGUUCCAGGCCAGUGCGUUCGCCUUCCUCGCCCCAGCCAGGGCCAUUCUCUCGCUAGACAAAUGGAAGUGUAAUGACACAGAGGUUCCUGUCAUGAAUGGCACAGAACUCCUCCACACAGAGCACAUCUGGCACCCGAGGAUACGAGAGAUCCAAGGGGCUAUCAUUGUGUCAUCUUUGAUUGAGGUGUGUAUCGGAGCACUGGGUCUGCCGGGGGUCCUGCUGAAGUACAUCGGACCUCUGACCAUCACCCCCACUGUGGCCCUCAUCGGUCUCUCUGGCUUCCAGGCCGCAGGGGAAAGGGCUGGAAAGCACUGGGGAAUUGCUAUGCUAACUAUCUUCUUGGUGCUGCUCUUCUCCCAGUAUGCCAGAAACGUCCAGCUCCCUCUGCCCAUCUACAAGGCCAAGAAAGGAUGGACUUCUUAUAGGCUACAACUCUUCAAAAUGUUUCCAAUCAUCAUGGCCAUCCUGGUGUCGUGGUUUCUGUGUUUCAUUUUCACCGUGACUGACGUUUUCCCGCCAGAGAAGGACAAGUACGGUUUCUACGCCCGGACAGACGCGCGCCAAGGGAUCCUAGCAGCUGCACCGUGGUUCAAGAUCCCUUAUCCCUUUCAGUGGGGCGUGCCGACAGUCACAGCUGCAGGGGUGAUCGGCAUGAUGAGUGCGGUGGUGUCCAGCAUCAUCGAGUCUAUUGGUGACUACUACGCCUGUGCCCGCCUCUCUUGUGCCCCUCCACCUCCCAUCCAUGCAAUCAAUCGGGGUAUAUUUGUUGAGGGUAUGUCCUGUGUGCUGGAUGGUCUUUUCGGGACAGGAAAUGGCUCCACCUCCUCUAGUCCCAAUAUAGGCGUGCUGGGAAUCACUAAGGUGGGCAGCAGGCGUGUGAUCCAGUAUGGGGCAUUUAUGAUGCUGCUGCUGGGGCUUGUGGGUAAAUUCAGUGCACUGUUUGCCUCCCUGCCCGACCCUGUCCUGGGAGCUCUGUUCUGUACGUUGUUCGGUAUGAUCACAGCGGUGGGACUGUCCAACCUGCAGUUUGUCGACCUCAACUCUUCCAGGAACCUCUUCGUUCUGGGGUUUUCCAUUUUCUUCGGCCUGGUGCUUCCAAGCUACCUCAAACAGAACCCGCUGGUCACCGGCAUCGUUGAGAUAGACCAGGUGCUGAACGUGCUCCUGACCACCGCCAUGUUUGUAGGUGGCUCUGUUGCUUUCAUACUGGAUAACACUAUUCCUGGUUCCCCAGAAGAGCGAGGCAUCAGGAAGCUGAAGCGCGGGUCUGGACCCAGCGCAGCAGAGCUAGAGGGGAUGAGAUCUUACGACCUGCCAUUUGGAAUGGACUUUAUCCGCAGACACCCCAUCUUCAAGUACAUCCCCAUUAGCCCCACCUUUACAGGCUAUCAGUGGGGGAUGCUACGCGGCGCCUGCAGGAGCAGGAUGGCACACGCAGAGCCAGGCAGAGGAGGAAUGGGAGGGGAGGGCGGCACAGGACCAGGGGAGAGUGGGGUAUAGCACUUAGGCUGAAUCUGGGGAGCGAGGGAAAUUACACAAACACAAAUGGAUGGGAGAGUGGAGGAGAGAAAGAGUGCAGGGUUUAAGGUUGUUUGGAAGCAAUGUGAUGUUCCAGCCCCUGUCAUGUGCUUGUCAGGAUAUUUUCCUUUAGCCUGCCUCUGUCUUUUCCCAAGUCAGUUCAUGCUAUUUUGAGCAUGAUAGAGCAAGUCACAGCAUGCUAUGAAAGAUGUCAUCAUUAACAGACAGGUCAGGUGGUGUGUAUGCGUGUGUGCAUGCAGCACUUAAUAAUGGAUUUGUGCAUUAAUUAUAUCCCCGAAAUGACAGAUCAUGGAUAUUACGGAUUUGCCUCAAACACAGUCACAUCCACCGCCAUAAAUCAUGAACACGAUAACUCAAAUACCUUUUUUCAUUAUUUUUCAUUUUGCUGUGCAGAGGGGAAACCCUUUGGAUUUUGGUUGCUCCAUGAACUUUGCUCUAGCACUACCAUAACUACCAUCACCUGUAGUUUUUUGUCAAAUCUGUUCAAAUUUGCUGUGUAGAGACAGUUGUCAGGUGUCAUGGAGGAUUAUGUCAUUUCGGGAAUAUACCCAGCUGUCAUUCACCGGCAGCACAUCCAGUUUAAUCGCACUUUUCCAACGUUAAUACAGGCAAACAAAGACAGAUGGAUGCUAAACAGCCCGCCCAGAAACUUUUAAAGCAAAAUUUUUGAUUAAUGGACCCAUUUGUAACUGAACAUUGCCAAUGUGCAAUCCCUGUUUUUGCAAACAUGUACUCGAGGAAUUUUGCAAAGCACAUUUUGUUAAAAGUAGAUUUGACUGAGGAUUAUGCAAAAUCAGACUGUAUGUGUCACUUGUCUGCCAACUUGAUAUGCAACUACAGGUGUGCAGGCACACAUGCACACGCACUCACACCAAUACCCUCACCAAAACUAGCUCAAGCUUUACAAUGCACGUAAACUGUAAAGAUCAUGCAGAUAGAUGCAAGUUAGCUGUCCUUAGCCAUGCACAGUGAUUGUGAUGUUUGUUUUGCAUUAUUUGCUGCCUGAGUUCAAGCGGAGAAUGUUGCUCCACAGCUCACUCCUCCAUUUCUGUAGGAACAUCCUCAGACACCAGUUGAAAUGCAGCAUGUCAGAUCAGCUCUCGUCCACUUGAGAGAGAAAACAAGUAGACAGGAACAGGGCUUGUUCAAAAACUACUUCCACACAUCCCCAGUCCCCAGUUUUUUUUAUGUAGAAGGGUGCUAACAUUGAUAACUAAGAUGGCCCAUGGGAAUACAUGGGUACACAUUCACUAACAUACCAGCUUACCUACUACCUUAAUGAGUCAGUGUUAUCCUAUACAUCAUUUACUCAGUGAAUGAUGUAUUGUUUUUGUGGUGUUAGUAUUACUAACACCACCAAAAACCCUCUUGUUUCUGAGCACACACCCACCUCAUUUGGCUGUUAAAUGGGAAUUCAAAUCUAUUUUGCUUCAACGUGGAAGAAGAAAAUGCACUUAGUCGGCUACCAUAAUUGUGCAAUCACUGCAAGAUUUUAUAUAGUUAAGAUAUCUUUUCUAUUUCACUAAUAACCUUAAUUUUGUUAUGUUUUGUGUUACUUUGUGCAGGCUUGGUUCUUUUUCUAAUAUACGUAGGCACAUGCAUAAUGAUAAUGGCUUUAAGUUAUGCCUGACUUGUACUGUCAUGAAGACAAGUGCAUGGAUUCAAAAGGAGAUGGUACACAGUCCACAGACAAGUGACCCCGUUUGACAGAUGUUGGAACCUUUUGCACCCAAAUGUGACACUUAAGAUCGAUAAAAUGCAGCGAGAGGAAUAUUCCUCGUGACCAUCACAGACCUCUUUGAUCCUCUACGUUGUUCUGCAUUAACAGUUAUAAAGGGGGUCACUUCUGCUGUUUUUCACCAAUAGUAUGUGAACAUGCACAAUUUACAGACACUACACUAUAAACGGUAACUCCCUGCCAAUAUCCAAACCUGCCUAGUGUUUCCAAAUACGUUCCCUGUCGCCUUGCACUCUGCCAGACUGCUUACUUGGAUGCAGUGUAAGACUUCCAGAGAUACUGUGUUGGUUUGGAUAUGUAGGGUUUAUGUAAAGGUGAGGAGCGGGGUGAGAAAGUUGGAACUGCAUUUUUUUUUUCCGUUCUCUCGAUGGCUCACCGAUUGUACCAUGUUUUGUGUCGGCCUCCAGAUCAUCACUCUUGUGGAUUAUUAUAAUGAGGAUUGUUGCUGAUGUCAUUGCUCCUACUGAUGUUGUUCACUUACUCAACAAUGUUUCCGUACCAUUCCUCCUCCCAUCCUCAUUCACCCAAAAACAUCCCACUCUCAUCUCACAUCUUGGACCUCUGCCCUUAAAAUAUGAAACUUGCUUGUUUGUAGUUUACUGUUUACAUUUGUUACUGUUCAUGCCUGUUGUAAUUUAUUCUGUGGCAGCAUAUUUGGCAUGUGAGAAAUCCCUCAGUUGUUGCAGACAGACUGAGUUGUUUAACAGGAGGUUUCAGAGCACCAGGAACCUGACUGACAUGGGCAUGACCUUAAUGAGACUCUGACCUGAGAGAGUUUUCAGCUUGUCCGCAGUGUUGCCCCUGCUGGUUUAGAGGAUUGCAAUAUAAUCCUCUCAGCAAGUGGAGAAAUUAGCUCAACAAAACCAGCAGCUAAAAGAGAAUUAUAAAAUGUCCAGGAAACGUGAGAUUUUUGCUAAACCAAAAUGCUAAAAGCUCUUAAAAUUAAUUUAUUAUCUAAUUCUGUUCUUUUUCCUGCUGUUAAUGCUGUACCAAAAUAUUUCUCAGGCAUUGGCAAAAGUCACUGCAAAAUUUGUUUUGAAAUGUCAUCCCAAAUUUACUGGCAUAUUAUCACAUUUGUUAAUCCUAUUUAUGUAUUUAUAAGAAGAAACUUGAUGUUUAAUCACCGUUGCUUGAAGCAGAUUUAUGACUCUUGCAAAAAGUUGAAAGGAUAUUUAUUAGAGUUUACUUGUUCGUACCCUGUAAAGAAUGGUGCGAUGCUUUGUUGCAUUAGAGCGAUAGAUGGAUUUGGCCACAGUGACUGACCAGUACACCUGCUCUCAGCCUCGGCUGCCAUCAGUGCUUUUAGAAACUCUCCUGGGGACAUCAGCAUUUUUCUAAAGAUAGUUUCUAAAGAUGUGAGCUGCUCAUAGGCCAUUCCAUGUCUAUCAAGUUAUUUUGAAAACAACAAAAAAACACUUUUAAACAUUGAACUGAAUAGUUUUUAGUGAAAUUUAAGAGUCAGGGCCUUUUUAUUACAAGUACUGUUUGCACAUGUGUGACAAAUGUGUGCCAAGAUUAUCACGAGUCAGGGAAUGAUGCCAACCUGACACCUUAAAAUGCUGCGAUUUGUUGCUCGGUAGUCACACUAGAGAGACUAUCAUGAUCUAUAAUUCAGUAUAAUUGUUUUUUAUCAAAUUAAAUAUUGACCUGAAGACAAGUGGUUGACCCACUUUGUGAUUGGAUACAUUUGGGCCUUAGAAUGUAAUGGCACAGCUAGCUAGUGACCACUGAAACUUGAAGAUAACUCGAGAGAAUGUGCGCUGAAACCGCAAAUCUGAAAACUCAAGUGAGGGUUGGUAGCGGGUCAGGUGUAGAGGCAGUGUAACGGGGUGACAAAGCGACCACCGGCACAGCUGGGACAGUGUUAUUUCCACACCGUACCUAAUGUUCACGUGCUUCUUUGUGGCUUUGCUACCCGUGCUGUGAAACCUUGCCCCAGGACAGAGAGCCUUCACCUCCCUCUGCUGCCUCCCUCCAGAGGUGGGGCAUUUUGGAGGGUGGCUGUUUGACCAUUUUGACACCUCGUGGUGAUUUUUUUUUUUUCUUUUUCUUUUUUGUACAUGCACACAUUUAAAAAAAAAAAAAUCACAUGCACAAUCUUUGACCCAGUUUUUUGUGGCAUCAUCUCAUGUUAAUGCAACUAGCAGUUACUUGUCCUGUCACAUCCUUCCUCUCCACCGUCCACCCUCUCUCUUUAUCCUCCACUCCUGCAGUGAAAUAUGGUAUCAGUGUCCUCUCCUGUUUAGUGUAUCUGUUUAAUCUGCUCUGAAAAUCUUGCUGUUAGUGUUAAGGUUUUUUCGGAUGGAGGAGAAGACACCGGCUGGCCACCUUGUUAAGAGCCUGUUGGUUGCCACAAGGCGGCCCACAGAAACUUGCCUCAUGGUCUGUUACAUUUAUUCCCUCCCAAAUGGUCAGGAUGAGCAUCUGGGAUCCAUGUCUGUGCCUGAAGACACGUUUCUCUCGACUUGGACCUUAACCUUCCAGUUCAUGUGGUUCCUCUCUCGGGGGAGGCAGGUUCCUGAAGUUUGUGCAGACGAGUGUCAAACAAGGUUAAAACCGAAACCUCGUCCUUGAGCUUGAACCACACUCUGUGUUAGUGAAACUAUUCCUGAAAGAAGGCUCUUAAGAAAGUGGCCAUAAGGUGUAUGACACAAAGAAUCCAAUCCCUUUCAGUUAUUUUGAAGGGGGUGCUACCUGAAGAAUAUACUUUUGUCUAUCUCAAGUGUUUUAUCUUUUUCAAUGUUUUUCUUGUUUUUUAUACAUCAUUUUUAUGUUUUUACAAAACAAGUAUUUGUAAGAAAUAAAUCAUACACUUUAAUCUUAAAUCAUGCUGGAAAGCUCACCAUUUUGUUGUACUUUUAUUUAAAAAAAGUAAAUAAGUUUUGAUUCUAUUUUAAAUUCGUGGCUUGGUGGAAUCAUUCUGUUUGUUAGAACGUUUUCAUAUUGUAUUUUUUUAUUCUAACAUUGCUUUUUGUUCAUUGUUAACGCAAUAUCAAUACGAAAAAAGCUGGUAAAGAUUAAGUAGAUGUAAAAAGAGAAAAAAGAAAAGAAAUGUAUAUUGAAUGGAUUACGGUGUGCUAAACAUUCUGGAAGAUAAAUUGUGUAUACUAAUUGUAGCAACAAAAUGUUAUAUUCUUUGUUCCUAAAACUAUUUAAUAAGAUGUUACAGAAC